CACGCCCCCUUCCCCGCGACGCAUCACCCACUUGGACGUCCAGCCAAUGGGCCGGCACGUUUUCCUUUACGUCACUAGGUCAAAGGGUACGGCGAUGGACGCAAAUGUAAACAGUCCGGACCGUUGGGAGGUCAGCUGUGAGAUAUGAGGCUUUUAUCGAAGGCAGUGCGGUCUGCUGUGGGUCAGAGGCAGUGGAGCCGCAGACACUUCUGGGGUUGGCUCAAUGCAGUUUUCAACAAGGUGGACUAUGAAAGGAUCAAAGCUGUUGGUCCAGACCGAGCUGCAGCAGAGUGGCUGCUGAGAUGUGGUGCCAAAGUGAGGUUUCAAGGUUUCGAUCGCUGGCAUCACGACUACAACGGACUGCCAACUGGGCCUCUGGACAGAUACAAGAUCCAGGCGAUUGACGCUACUGAAUCCUGCAUCAUGUACAGAGGGUUUGACCACCUGGAUGGUUUGACAAAUGUGGAGGAAAUCAAGUUCAACAAGUGUAUCUACAUUGAGGAUGCCUGCCUGGAGAGGUUGAGCUCAAUAGAGAAUCUGCAGGAGAGUUUGUACAGGAUGGAGGUGGUGUCGUGUGGAAAUGUGACUGAUAAGAGCAUCAUCUCCCUGCACAAACUCAGGAAUCUGGAGUAUCUGUUUCUCAGUGAUCUUCCCGGGAUCAAAGACAAACAGACGACAGUUGACAGACUGCAGACAGCACUUCCACGUCUGGACAUAUCACUGGACCUGGACUGAUUGAGAAACAACUUCCUGUUUAAGAUUGUAAAAUGUGGACGCUUGUGUAAAGGUUUUCAUAGUAAAAAGACGCAAUCUUGAAGGAGGACAGACUGAAGCGCGAGGGGCUUUGAUUGUGCAACAUGUAGAUCCUUCAGCUAAAACGUUAAGUGUAUUUACAUGUGAAUCAUUAAGUCUAAAUGAGAGCGUGGAGAACAGCAGGUCCGACUUUAUGGGAAAUAUUCAGGUUGAUGGGUCACCUUUCAGCUUGAAGUAUAAUCGAGCUUUAAAGAAACAGUUCAGCAAAGAGAAAAGUUAAAGCACUUUAUAUUGUUGACACCAGUUUUUCUUGAUAGAAUUAACUAUUUUGUUGUUUAUUAUGUUUUCAACAUUUAAGGUAUGAAAUGUUACGCCACAUGUGGGUCCCCAGAGAAAAUAAUUUGUGAAAUGCUGAGGAAGGAUUCGAGAGUCUUUUCAAUCAUUUCCUUUUAGAUUAAUUUGGCAUUUGUACAGUAUCUGAGGACAGACAGAUGGCUGUGAACAUCCUUAGCACCAAAGUUCCAGAGAUAAUGAGUAAAAUGUGGUAUUGUUACUGCUAUAUGCUAGUAAAUGUGUGUUAAAGGAAUGUUUACAACUGUAUUCACUCCUGACGUCAAUAAAUAGUUUGCUCAUAUGUGACAAAACA